UAAAGACGUGCUCAGGCGUGAGAUGGUAUUUGGGGCUGAGAAUGUGAGGCGCCAACCCUCAGAAGCAGGGUUUGGGCUGGGAACAGAGAUGAGGGAGGGCUUAGCCUACGGGGAAGGGCUUGGCAAGGAGGGGAGAACUUGGGAUCCGUCUGUGGGGUGUGGCAGGAGGGAGCAGGCGCAGGAGCAUCCCUUCAGUUUGGAUCGGGUUGCGGGGACCCCCGUAGACCUAGCCUCUUCUGGCCGUUCCGCUCCUCCGGUACCUGCAGCCGCCACCACUUUUCGAAGACAUUCCCGGCCAACCCGUCCACGGAGCCUCCCGCCGAGUGCGUGGGCGCGGGCGGCGCAGCUCCGCCUCCGGGAAUUUCCCACCCGCGGGAGUGCGGGCCCUAGGCCGGGGUCGCGCGCCCACGCCUCGGUCGCUCCUAGGACCUCGGGUGCAGCCGGUGAAGGAAGUGAGAGCCUCAGAGGAACCUGCCGAACGACCGUCACUCACCGGAGCCUGUCGGGGAGCCAGCCUGGUCCCCGCGGCCCCGAGAUGAGGAGCGGCUGGGGACCCUGGUCCUUCGCGCUCCGCCUCCUCCUGCUAGCGCAGCUGGCUGUGCCAGGCGAUGGCAAUGAGGGCAGCAGAGCUGGAAGCUGUCAUUGUGAUAAAAGUUUUUCUUCUGACUCUCCAACGUUUAAAGAAAUAGAACGUUUCCAAAAACUACUGAAAGACUAUAAUCGCUGUUCUCACUAUGUCAGGUUCCAACUAAAGUACCAAGGACAGUCCAGGAGUGUAUGUGGGGGCAGCAAGGACCAGUGGGUGAAUGAAUUGAUCAGCUGCUUUGAUCUGAGCGAAUGCGGACAUGCUUACUCUGGAAGAGUGGUCCAGCAGGAGCAUUCACCUCCCCCCAGGACCCAGAUUCCUGAGUCCACUGAAGGGGCACCUGCAGUCACGGACACCCCUGCUCAGACGUACCUGCCAUUCACCCUGCAGUCUACCCAGCAGCCUACGCUUCCAGUAGGAACACUGUCCUUGGACAAAAAGCUCAUCCACUCCCAAGAAACCACUACUUCCUCUGUGGGCCACAGUGUAGAGGUUGGGCCUGAAGCUGGGGUGAACCAGAAGCACUUGGAAGAAAAUGUGGGUCCUACAGCUGGGUCACAUGAUGCCAUGGUGCCAGUGCUGUCUCUCUUGGGCAUCAUCCUCACUGGAGCCCUUCUCUAUGUGGUGUGUAAGAGGAGAAGUAAGCAGUCACCGUGGUACUCUCCAGAUUUGCAGCGUCAAUAUAGACCUGUGGCAUCAUAUUCAUUCCAACAGUUGGGCUAAGAAUGGAAGCUUGUGAGAGUAGAAAAUGUGAUUUAUCCACUACCAUAAACAUUUAAUAAACUGGAACAUUCUCUCUGGCACACAGUAGGCACUCUGUACCUAUCUGCUACUGUUUAACACCAGCCACUGCCCUCUGUUAGAGCUUUCUUUUUGUCUUUACAUUGUGUAAAAUUCUGAAUGUAUAUUAUUUUUACUAAAAAGUAUUUUUCUAA